AUGACCGGCAAGCUGUUGCAGAAGCACCCGAACUUUCCGAAGGAAAUGACCUUGCUAAAGAGCUUCGACACGAUCAAGGACAUCUCCCAGAAAACCUUUGAGAAUUCCGCCGAGUUCCAGAUGGAGGCAGAGAAUGUGGAUGAAGAAGACAUGCAUGAUGCAAUGGAGGCCUUAAUGGACCAAGAGAUGCCGCAGGCGCCUACAGAUGGCAAUGUGCCACCGCCGAACCCCAAACCCCGCGAGCCGAAGAAGGCAAAGAAGGAGAAGACUUGGAGGGACAAAGCCCAGGAUGCUGAUAAGCGGGCGAACAAGGAGAUCAUUGAGUAUGAAGGCUUCAAGCAGGCCAGCCACAUGAAGGCGGCCAUCAUGGCCGAUGUGGACCCCGCGAAGUGCGACCUGGAGAAGGUUAAGACUAAGGUUGCGAUUGCCAUCGGCCAGAAGCUUCCGGAAGAUUCGAUGAAGCCUCUUUUCCAUGAGCUCGAAGAUGCCCUGAAGAAGUUCAGAACGGCCUCUGAGCCGGUUCGUGCUGCUGAGAGGAAAUCCAAUGCUGCUGCUAAGCCACCAAAGGCAAAACCCAAGGCAAAGGCGAAGGCAGGAGCAAAGUAG